AUGAGCCGAUCCACAGGUGAAACUGACAUUACACUGACGAUCAUUCGGACUGCGGAUGCCAAAAAGUUGGAAGUCGUCCUUCCACUCUCUACCACACUUGGAGAAUUGAAGGAAGAUUUAGGAGGUGCCGACUUGUUUGGUCCAUUACCUGAAGAUCAUCAAAGGCUUUUUUUCUUGGGGCGGGAACUCAAGUCGAAUCAUCGAAGCCUGCAAAAAUUGGGUCUGGAUCGAUUCCCCAAGAAUCGAGUAUUGCAUUUGCAUGCCAAACAACAAGGUGCAGCAUCUACUACUACUACUUCAUCUACUAGUGCGACUAGCAAGAGACAACGAAAGACCAAUACGCGACCAAGAUCCACGAGAUCCUCGACACAACAACAACAACAACAACAGCAACAAAAGGUGACAGUGACACAGACUAGUGCUGGCAAUGCUGUACUAGAGAUUCACGAUGAUAGUGAUGUCGAAAUUGUCAUUGACGAAAGUCCACGAGACAAGAGACGGCGGAUAUCCUAA